AUGUGGUUCCUGGUCCUGUGCCUGGCAAUGUCCCUGGGGUGGACUGGUGCUGUGCCUCCCAUCCAGUGCCCAAUCAGCAGAGGCUCAGAGUGUAAGAAUUUCCCACCCUGGCUGUCGCUUGUGUACAAUUUCAGCAGUAUCAAGUGCGGAGGCGUCCUGGUGCACCCACAGUGGGUGCUCACAGCUGCCCACUGCAUACACAACAAUUACCAGCUCUGGCUGGGUCGCCACAACCUGUUCGAGCAUGAAGACACAGCUCAGCUUGUCCAGGUCAGUGAUAGCUUCCCACACCCUGAAUUCAACCUGAGUCUCCUGAAGAACCAUACCCAGCUCCCCGGAGAGGACUAUAGCCAUGACCUCAUGCUGCUGCGCCUGGCAGAGCCCGCCCAGAAAACAGAUACUGUGGGAGUCCUGGACCUGCCCACCCAGGAACCCCAACUGGGGAGCACCUGCUAUGUCUCUGGCUGGGGCAGCCCUGAACCAGACACAUACCUCGGCAAUCUCCAGUGUGUGGACCUCAAACUCCUGCCCAAUGAUGUAUGUGCCAAGGCCCAUUCCCAGAAGGUGACAGAUCACAUGUUGUGCGCUGGGAACUUGGAGGGCAACAGUGACACCUGCCCGGGUGACUUGGGGGGCCCACUGAUCUGCGAUGGUGUGCUUCAGGGCAUCCCAGCCGGGGGCCACAUCCCAUGUGGCAGCCCCAGUAUGCCUGCUGUCUACACCAAACUGAUUCCCUACCUGAAAUGGAUCAAAAAGACCAUGUUGGUCAACAGCUGAAUGCCUCUGACCUUCCCCUCCCCUUAGUCAAAUAGAAUACACAGCAGACAAAUUCUGGCAUCAUUUGUCCUUUCUAGAUGUGGAAGUUAGGGACCCACCCGGCCUGUGUCCUAAAGUGUGGAGUCAGGGGUAGAGACGGGGAAGACCAGUGGCUUUCAAAUUGGGCCCCCCCCCCCCAGCUCCAGGGGACAGCUUCUCACACAGGUUCUACAGAGACACACUUAAGGCAGGGGUGGCCAUGUUCUUGUGGGUGAGAUGGGUGUCCACCCUGGAAGGGUGGACAGUGACUUGUGGUAGAUGCUCCCCACGUGGCACUGAGCAGAGUCAGAAGUACAAAGCACAUGCAGGCGCACCAAGGAUGGAGUUUAAGCACAGCCAUGAGUGAAAAAGUGUGAACACACAAUGAGUCAUGGAGCAUAACAACCUCACAUAAAUUACACUGUGCGCCCAGGAUACUCGUUCUGUAGAGUGCAGUCAAGUAACGCCAGAAGGGGUGCCUGUGGGGCGUGGGAGUGGAUUAUGGGUAUGAGAAGGAAUCAUUAGUUAUUAGUCAAGGGCUUGAGUCAAUGAAUUGAAUUUAAACACAGUGGAGGGAUCAGUUAUGGACGCUGAGUCAACGGUCCAUGAGCCAAGGAAUACAGUUACUUCGGCCCCCUGCCCAUUAGGCCCCAAAAGAGAGUGAAUCUAGAGGGAACUGCGUGGCAGGCCUCCUCAGACACCACUGCAGGAAGCUCGGGCUGUCGCCUAGGGUCAGGAUCCAGGCUCGGAGACGCGGACUGGGGACAGAGCUGUUAGGGACAACACCCCCACCACCCACCCCCGGGGCACAUGGGCAGGGACAGUGACUGAAAAGCUCACUGGGGAUGUAAGUGCCAGCCGGACACCAGUGGUGAUGCUGCUGGUGCUGACCCAGUCCGGUUCUGCAGUUGCUGAGCUCGGAUUGGUGAGCAUGAGGUCCUGGCCGCGGGGCCCUCGGUCCCCGCCAAGGUUGUCCGGACCCAGUCGGAAGUUGUAGUUGCUGUGGAUGAGCACGUCAGUGCCCUGGCAGCCUCCCCCUCAGCUGCGCUCCCACCUGAACGUCAGCCCCAUCUCAGUUCCAUCUACAAGCAAUUCUGUAGCAAACCCAUCCUGUCUCAACCCCUCUCCAACUUCCACCCGAAACCCUUUCGGGAACUGAGGAAGAGCCCUCCCUCUUCUACUCAGGUCCCACCCCAGAGACGAAGCCCCGCCUCGGCACAGCCCCGCUCCCAAUUCAGGCCCCGCCCCAAGCCCUACACUCCGCUUCAAGAGCACCCGCAGGGGAUGAAGUGGAGUCCCUCUUCCUGCAACCUGGCCAUCUCCCAGGGUGGUCCGCACUCCAUGCCCUUAGUGAUGGGGCUUUGGCCGGGCCCUGGCCUGGACUCCUAGAGGCGGGGUCAGAGCACAAAGGGGAGGAACCAGGGCUCAGGGGGCGGGGUCAGGACCCAGGAAGGUUCAGGAAGGUGAGGCCUGGACACAGUCUUCAGUCAAGAAAGCUAUAUGUUGGGACCCCUUUUCUGCACCUCUCUCCCUACACACACCUCGCCUCUCCCCACCCUCAGACACAACAGUUGCAAAACCUGCCUGGGUGCACGCAGCAUCUCACAUUCACACGCCUUCCCUCCCCAACAUGGGGCCUCUCUGCGCACGCAAGAGUCGUGGGGGAAGUCUCAGGCUCCACCGAGUCCUCAGGUGAGUGUGAGGCCGUUAGCUCAGGUCUGUCCGCCCCCCACCUCGCUCUGUUCUUCCACUGUCUCCCAAGAGAUCUCUGGGUGGGGAAGGGCUGUAGGAAGGGCACCUCAUCCUGGGCCCUGAGACUUUAGCCCUGAGACGUGAAGCCUAGAGACACAGAGACAGGAAUGCGAGACAGCCGGGAGGAAAACAGAGAGAAAGUGUCAGCAACAAUUCCGAACAGGGAAGACGGCGUGACAGUGACACACACACACACACACACACACACACACACACACACACACACACACAAAUCAAAGAAAGAGAAACACAGUGAGGUUCAGAAACAUGGAGAUUCAGAGAGAAAGAGAAAGAUAAGGCGGGCGGCCUGGGCAGCGGAGUCGGUCUGCCUUCGGCUCAGGUUGUUGUGAUCCCAAGGUCCUGGGGUUGAGUCCCACAUAGGGCUUCUUGCUCAGUAGGGAGUCUACUUCUCCCUCUGUCUGCCGCUCCCCCUGCUUGUGCUCUCUCUCUCUCUGACAAAUAAGCGAAUAAAAUCUUAAAAAAAAAAAGAAAGAAAGAUAAGGCAAGGGUGUCAGAGGAGGGACAAAUCAGGUGAUGGAGACAGACAGCAGGACAGGAGAGCUGACGGAUGCUGCAUCUGGAGGAUACAGAGACAGCAAAGACAGAAAGAGAGAGAAAUUACCAAGCCAGAGAUACAGACUCAGACUCACAGAUGGAGAGACAGAGACAUCAGAGACCCAGAAGGUGAUGUGGGGGCCAGAGAGGCAGGACACGGACUAGCCUGUCACUCACUCACCUGGCUUGAUCUGGGCUGGGCUGGGUUCCAAUCUGCCGCUGCUUCCUGGAGCCACAGCGAGGCUUACAAGCUCCUCUCCACAGGCUCACCCACCCCUACAACUGGUGGACACAUGCCAUGGGGGGUCAGAAUGCUGUUCUCUUCCAGUCCACAACCCCCCAACCCACCCACCUCCCGGACCCCCAUCAGGGUGUUUAGAGCAUGGGUUGGGGAAAGGCAGCACUUUGAGAGUGAGUUCUGACCCAGAGCCCCAGGCUGCUCUCACCUCCAGCUAGCACCUGAUCUUCAUUUCUGGAGGUCUCCCCACUUCAGUCUCCUUUGUGUUAGGCUUAUUGGCUAUUUUUUUGUCUAACACCUUGGCUCCUUUAUAUUCACCCAUUCUUCUUUCUAAUCUAAUUAUUCAAAGCUAUAAAUCUGCCGCCCCACACAAGUUUUCAUGUCACAUUUUUAUCGUUCAGUUCAAAGUUUUUAAAAAUUUCCAUUAUGAUGACCUUUUCAUCCAUUUUUGUCCAUUAUUAUUUAAUUUUUAUCAUGAAUUAUUCAGAUGAGUGGUUGCAUUUUAACUUCUGUGCAUAUGGGUAUUAUGUUGAUGUGCAUAUUGAAUUUUAAUUUUCUUGCAUCGUGGCUGGAGAAUGUGGUCUGUGUGAUACCAAAUCCUUUGCAUGAUAGUGGUGUUGAAAUCUCACACUUCCGUGGGAUGCAUUGCUCCAUUUCUCCCUGUACUCCUACCAAUUUUUAUAUUAAGUAUAUUCAAAUUUGGAGUUAUAUUUAUUAUCAAACUUUUUUAUGAAGAAUUAUUACUUUGUAGUGACCCACUCUGCCUAGUAAUGGUUUUAGUAUUAAUGCCUAAUUUGACUGAUAACAGUAAAGCUACCUUACUAUUCUUAGGGGUAAUAUUUCUUGGUAAAUCAUUUUCUGCUUUCAACUUUUCCGUUAGCUGGGGUGUGUCUCUAAUAAACAGCAUAGAACCCUUUUACAUUCUAAUCUGAGUUUAACCAAUUCCAUUUAUUGUGAUUAUUGAUAUAUUUAGUACGAUUAAUAUCCUCUUACUUUUAAAUUACUGUUUAUCUUGCUUUUUUUGUGUUUCCUACCUUUAGGGGAUCGUAUAAUUUUGUGGGAUUUUUUUUCCCCUUCGUUUUUCCCUUUCUGCUUGCUUGGACUUAAUUUACCCUAUUUCUACUCUUUAGUGGUUACAUUUUAUAUUUUAGUGCAUUGUAUUUUCCUUGGCAUGAAACUCAAAAUAUUUUAUAAUUUCCAGUAUGGUUUCUUCUUUGAGCUGUGGGUUAUUUAGAAGUGUAUUUCAAAAAUUGACACACGUGGGUGGCUCAGUCAGUUAAGUGGCUGC